AUGGGUGACGCCGGCUUCGCUCUCCUCGUCGCGUUAACGGCCGCCCUGGCCGCGCUGUUCCUCGUCCUGCUCGGCGCCGUCAUCCUCCGGCACUGCUGCUGGCGGCGCCGCGACGACGUGUCGCCCACGCGCCGCGGCUUCGUCCUUUUCGACGUCUGCUUCGCCGAAGACAGGCAGCGGGGCGCCGUGAGGCCGCCGCCGUCGUCCAUGGAGAGGAGCCGGGGGCGGCGGUCCACGGGGGCGGGGGAGGGCCGGGACCACGCGCCCGGUGGCGUCGAGGCCGCGGCGGCGGACGAGCAGAUGGAGCCCGACGAGUUCGAGAUCGCGCGGUGGAAGAAGAUCUUCUGGGGCCCCAAUAGGUCCCUGUCCACGAUAGACGAGGGCACGGAGAAGGGCGGCACGACGCCGAUCACGACGCCCUCCUUCUGCACGCCCUCCGGGUCGCCUGACCGACGGGACGCCCGCGCCCUGGACAUGGAGACCGUCGCGGUGCAACUUCGUCAGGCGUAA